AUGAGAGGAGAGAGGGGGAGCGUGUUCUCGUUUCGUCAUUUCUCUUUCUCGAAACGUCUCCAUUUUCGUAUUGGAGGAGAUCAGAGAAGACGAUUGGCGAGUCAACACUCCUCGAAAGCGGAAGCUGAGAUCCGAUUCCGCCGCGGAGGUUGCAGUAACCGAGGUCUCGACGCGAUGAAAUGGAAAUCUCAUCGACGAUGUGUUGUUUCAAGCCCAAGGACGCCUAUAACGGAGGUUGAGAAAGAAUCUAAUGGAAAGCUAUUUGAUUGUUUAGAUGUUAAAUCGAAGUGGAAUCCUAGAGAUGAUGAUCAAAUGAAAGCUGUGAAGGAGGCAUUGCACGUUUCCAAGGCACCAUCAACUGCUGGGAGUUUGUACAUAUGUGGCUGCCUUGGAACUGGGAAGUCAUUGUCGAUGGAGAAAGUUAGACAACAGACUCAAGACUGGGCAAAGCAGGAAGGCUUGCCUUGCUUGGAAACAGUGUCUGUUAAUUGCACGUCAUUGACCAAAACAAUAGAUAUAUUCUCCAAGAUACUUGGUGAAAACGAGACAGGGAAGAAAGCUGUUGCCUCCUCUUCACCUCUACAACAACUUCAGAUUAUGUUUUCUCAAAAGCAACAAUCACCUAGCUCAAAGAUGAUGUAG